AUGAAAGUUCCGACAAUUGCCAAAUCGGCUCUUCUCCUGGCCACUGCGGCCAACGCUGCCAACUACACGGAAUGGCUGGCGCAGUCUUUCUUCAGCAAGGGUGUCACACUCUCGCGGAAUUACGCCUACGCCGUUCUCUACACAGGCGUUGAAUAUGCCUACAACAAAACCGGCGAUCCGGCCUACUUUGACUACAUCAAGGCCCAGAUCGAUGGAGUUGUGAAUGAAGACGGCUCACUGGUUGAACCUAUCACAGAUACACUAUCGCUUGACGACAUUCGCAUAGGUCGCAACUUUCUCUACCUCUGGACUGUCACCGGCGACAAGAAGUACAAGAUCGCUGCGGAUGGACUCCGAAAGCAGCUCGACUUCACGCCCCGCAACCAGGACGGUGGGUUCUGGCACCGCAAGCCGACUUAUCCCAACCAGAUGUGGCUGGAUGGACUCUACAUGGCGUCGAACUUUUACGCGCAGUGGACCAACUGGUUCCAGCCAAACAACAAGACUGCCUGGGAUGAUAUUAUCCUACAGUACGACUUGAUCGAGGCGCACAUCCGCGACAACGAGACUGGUCUGCUCUUUCAUGGAUACGAUGCCAGCAAAGUCGCUGUUUGGGCUGACCCCGUCACCGGUGCUUCUCCGCAUAUCUGGAGCCGCGCAGUAGGCUGGUACUUUGUCUCGCUUGUUGAGCUUCUGGACUACUUCCCCAAAUCUCACCCCGGCUACAAGCGAACUCUGCAGCGCUACCAAAGCCUUGCCAAGGCUGUCAAGAAAAGCCAAGAUGAGUCCGGCGGCUGGUGGCUCAUCCAGGACCCGCCAUACCCAAGCGAUCCUAGGAACUACAUUGAGAGCAGCGCCAGUGCCAUGUUUACUUAUGCUUUGUUGCGGGGUAUCCGUAAAGGAUUCAUCCCUGCCAAGGAAUACAAGCCGGUUGCGCUGGACGGAUAUUCGCUUCUGAAGAACGAGUUCCUCUCGCACAAUGCGAACGGAACGCUCAACUGGGAGGGGACCGUGCAGGUAGGAAGUUUGAGUGGGAACGGAACGUUCGAGUACUACAUCUCUGUCCCAGUUGUCCAGAACGAUUACAAGGGUGCUGGGCCUUUCAUGUACGCUAGCUACGAGUUGGAAGCGUACUGA